GUCAGGUCCUGCACAUGCUUCUUCACUUCCCAUUUCCAACGUAGACCCAUCGAAACCGAACUCACACUCAAAACUGAGUUCUGAUCACUUUCCAACUCGCUUCUUAACUCAAUAAACUCAGCCAAAACCAUGGCCAUGGCCACCUUCUUAUACAUUACCCUCAUUACAGUACUAUUAGCCGCUUGUUCUACAGUAGUCACAAGCUGUCCACCGUCCGACAGAGCCGCUCUACUCGCUUUCAAGGCAGAUCUCCACGACCAAUACUUAGGAAUCUUCAAAUCCUGGACAGGACUUGACUGCUGUAACAAAUGGUACGGCGUCAGUUGCGACCCAGAAAUCCACCGUGUAGCAGACAUAAACCUACGAGGAGAAUCCGAAGAGCCCAUGUUCGGGAAACGUCCCCGGUCCGGUUACAUGUCCGGUACAAUCUCACCUGCUAUAUGUAAACUCGAGCGUCUCUCCAGUCUUACAAUCGCUGACUGGAAAGGCAUCACCGGUGAGAUCCCACGUUGUAUAACUUCCCUUCCGUUUUUACGUAUUCUUGACUUAAUCGGAAACAAGCUGUCCGGCGAUCUUCCCGCCGAUAUCGGACGGUUACACAGGCUGACUGUGUUGAACGUUGCUGACAAUCAAUUAUCCGGCGAAAUCCCACGUUCUUUAACGAAUCUUUCAAGCUUAAUGCAUCUUGAUUUACGUAACAACAGAAUCUCCGGUCCACUUCCGACGGAUUUCCACCGUCUCACAAUGCUGAGCCGUGCAUUGUUCAGCAGCAACUCCAUCAGCGGAUUAAUUCCCAGUUCCAUUUCAAGAAUCUACCGUCUCGCCGAUCUUGAUCUCUCUCAGAAUCAAUUAUCAGGACCGAUUCCAGCUUCUUUGGGUAACAUGGCAGUUCUUGCAACGCUAAAUCUUGAUGCUAACAGGUUAUCAGGAAUAAUACCAGCAAGUUUGUUCAAUUCAGGUAUCAGCAAUUUGAAUCUGAGCAAGAAUUCAUUUUCAGGAUAUUUACCAAACGUUUUCAGUUCAAGAUCUUAUUUUACGGUUCUUGAUUUAUCGUACAACAAUUUCCGGGGUCCGAUUCCGAAAUCUUUGUCAUCUGCGUCGUAUAUCGGACACUUGGAUCUGAGUCAUAAUCACCUCUGCGGGAGGAUUCCGGUGGGUAAUCCGUUUGAUCAUCUUGAAGCGUCGUCGUUUAUUUUUAAUGACUGCCUUUGUGGGAAGCCGUUAACUAGAACUUGCUAGAGGAUGCAUCGGUAGAAAUAUACCGGAAUAAUGUGUUUGUACUUUGUAGUAAAAUAUGUAAUAUGUAACGGUAAAGUGUGUUUUUAUUUUUAGAAUAUGAUUACACUUGUGUAUUUUGAGUUAUUAAAUUAAAGAUUUCAUGCAAAAAAUUUGCAUGAUUUGGAAA